UGACGUGACAGCCAGCUGUGAGAAGCGCAGUUUCACUGAACGCGAGUGAAAGCAACUCAAGCUAAACGAUACUUAAACAAAGCGAAUUUUACUCUAAGGAUAUAUCCGAACAUUACUUGAUAAUUUGAUUCGACGGUUUCAGUUAGAUUCAAACCAGAUUAUUUUGACCAUGGUUAGCGAUAUGAUGAAACAAUGUGGUGGCGAGGAGGUCGAAACUAAGAGGAAUGAUGACCAUUGUGACGUCACAAAGCACAGAAACUCUUUGAGAAGAAAAUUAAAUGGCUUGACCUCUAAGCUACGUAGUCUCAAGGUCAGAUCCAGCCAUAAAAGACAGACACGGGAGAAAGGGAAGGAGAAUUCUGAUGUACCAGGAGCCAUUAGUGACCAAGUUAACCUCUUCGAUAAUUUAUCCGACCUUGACCUAUCACACAGUACAGAUGAAGAAGACCAUAUACCAGACACCACCAACAACAACUCUACCACCGUGGUGCUGGACAACACGCCUGCUGACAUGACGGAGCUGACCAACCGCCCGUCAGCCUCCUGUGGCAUGCUGGGCAUGCGCAGACAGUGUCGCGUCUGGAGCGGACUCAGCUCCUCCGUCAGGCCGACCCACAAGUCAGGGAAAGUUCUAGACUUGAAGGCCUUAGAUGACGUCAUCACUGACUCGACUGGCUCUCUGUCUACUGGUAGCUCAGAGUGCAGCUCUGAGCUUAAUGGCAACAACCUGAGGUGGCUGGACGUGUAUGAGAGUGACGCUGAGACAGACAAAGAUGUCGAGGAUGGUGACGAUGACGUGUUUGUUUCCUCUGACAACCUGUCAGCAUUAGUUAGACAAAAUGGCAUGUCACUUAUCAGUGACGGCACACAUGGCACGGACAUGUGGCAAAACCACUUCAGAGCCCCUCUUCAAUGUGGGGGUGUUUAACUGUGUCAUCACCCCCCCCCCCCCCCCCACCUCCUCAAUGUGGGGUGUAAAAACCACAAGUUUGUUAGAAUCUUUUGAUUGUCCAAGGCAUUACUUCAUUGAUGGUGUAGUGGUGAUUUAUUUGUGGUGUGUCUGAUACAGUUAUGUAACAUGGAUUUUGAGUGGUGUCAUGUGGAAUGGUGUCAUAGAUUGUCAGCUGAAUGGUGUCAGUGAGUACCAAUGUUUGGAAUGUGCGGGGUCUGAGAUGUUUAAUCAACGUGCUUGAAGCAUUUAAAAUUCCUGGAUAUAUGAAAAGUGGGGGGGGGGGGGGCGUGAAAGAAGAGCUGAACUAAAUCUUGUACACUUCAUGGUUUAGUUAUACUGUCCAUUAUUUUUGUGGCUGGUCAUGUUGCUCAUUGUCUGUGUGAUCUAACCGGCCACAACAUGUUGAUAUUACAUGCUAUUAUUUAAUAUGUACUGUGUACCAUAUGUAUUUAAUGUACAAAUUAUUUCUGUGAACAUGCUUCUUGUCUGGAAUGUUCAAUAAAAUACCUUCAGAUGUGUACUAGCAUGAAACCCCUGUUUUUUUGGGGUCUUAAAAAUUUCAAAUUCUUGUAGCCCCCCCCCCCCCUCAUCUGCCCACCCUCUUGUACCUGGGUCUGUGUGAUCUGAAAGUUAUGUAUGAUCUUGGUCUGUGUGUGAUCUUGAUCUGUGUGAUGUGAUCUCUGUAUGACCUGGGCUGUAUGAUCUGAAAGUUGUAUGAUCUGGCCUGUGUGUGACCCAAGCUGUGAUCUGAAGCUGUAACAACCAGCUGUCACAGCUUGAAAGGUGAAUGUUUACAUCAGUCACGUGAUAGUUCUAUUUAUAACCCACGUCUUUCAUUGACACCUGCUACAAACGUUGACAAGGUCUAUGCCGUCCAUAAAAUUUUUGUUGAUGAAAUGCUUUGGAUCUGUACAAGAUUCCUGUAUUAUUUUGAGAAAAAUAAAUACACGUGUUGGUUCGAA